CAAUCCUUUGCCAAACCGCGACACAAACACAUAGCACUCCUGGUUCCGACAUCUGUUUGCCAAAAAAAAGUCACCUCUGUUCCCCUUUCUCCUUCCUCUCUCCUGAGGCUACUGCCCCCGAGUCUGCUCCUCGAUUCCGUCCGCCGGAGCUGCCAAUCGACACAGGCGAGCACAAAAUCGUACUCUCUGUAGCUUGCACCACAGAUUCAUUCCCGCCAACAUGGCCUUCUGCCUUUACUCGCAGCCUAUGUGCCCCUGUAUGCCCUGCGCCCGUUGCUCAGAGGAAAGCAGUCACACAUCGGCGGCGGCGGCAGGUGGGCAGAAGCUGAGGGGCAACGGAGCCAGAUUUGGAGCUCGAUCUGCCAUCAUGGCAUCCUCAGUGAUGGUAACCUGCCAUCCGUCGGCCAUGGAGUCGUUGACUGCCCGACUCCCUAGGCGCAGUGGUUGCAGCAGGCUUGCACUUGCAGGGACCGGGAAAGACGCAAGAAAAUGGCAGCUUACUGAAUCGUUGCUGAAAGAGAAGAUGAAGCCGGACCUCCUUAGCUGGCCACUGCUGCCUCCAACUUAUGGGCGGGUGUCGGAGGUCGUGUAGUGAUGCGCUAAGGUGUUGCCUAUGGCCAAGUCGAUGCGGAUGGCCGUGUGGGAUAUCUCCCCAUGGCGCCCUCCAUGAGUGUGAGAUUGCCGGCGGCACUGUGCGAGGAGCCCUGCACGGGGCCCAGGUCCUCGCCGAAGUGGCUGAGGCGCACUUACAACAGAGGCAGGGAUCAUAGCGGCGCACAGCGACCGCUCCAUCGGCGACGAUGCACACACCCUUUCUCCGCUUAAAUCCACCAGAAAACACCUGGAAGAGGAGGGCGCCGAGGCCUCCACCGCGCCGCCAUCUGCCUAGGGAAGGAGAGGAUAGCCCCGAGCCCUUCCUCCAUGGCGGCUGUAGAGGAAGACGCCGAGGGCCCCGUUGUGCCGCCAUCUGCCUCGAGAAGAAGAGGAGAACCCCGAGCUCAUCCUCCAUAGCGGCUCAAGAGGAGGGUGCCGAGGUCCCCACCGGGCCGACAUCUGCCUUGGGAAGGAGAGGAGAGCCUCGAGCUCUUCCUCCACGAUGGUUGAAGAGGAGGGCACCAGGUCCCCACCGCGCCACCAUCUGCCCCGGGAAAGAGAGGAGAGCCCCGAGCUCUUCCUCCAUGCCGGAGGCCGCCUCGGUAGGUGGCAUGGUGGCCAGAGAGGGAGAAGAGCACGCCGACAAUAGGGAAGGAUGUGAGGAAGAAAAUUGGGGCAAAACGACCGCUAGAAUUGUUCGAUGGUGGGGAUCGUGGGGCGCCGCUUUGACCGAAUCAACCAGAAGGCAAUGGAUGUAACCAGGAGCGAUCCAUGAAAAGAGGAAUGAGAGAGGCAAUAACCGGUAGCCGGUUUCCUAUCCAUCCAAGGAAAUAAAUGAUGCAAAAAGAUUACCUGAGUGGAUCACGGAAGGGGCAAAAUAAAUAGGUACGUGUCAACCAAUAACAGGAGGAAAGAGUGAUAAAUAGCACAUCUACAGUGCCUCAAAAUAAAUAGGUACGUGUCAACCAAUAACAGGAGGAAAGAGUGAUAAAUAGCACAUCUACAGUGCCUCAGUUGUGCAGAUUGCGUGAAAUCAGCUGCCCUUUAUAUAGUGUAUGUAUGCAAGUAACUAAUUUUUUUGUGUUUUUGAUAUGGCAAACAAGAUAGCAAAUAAAGUAAAACUAGCAACUAAUUUUUUU